AUGUUUGCCAAAACAAACGUUUCCACAUCAACAAACAUAUUAAGACGACUUCAGACGGUGAGGCUAGCCUCGACGUCAACGAAGGGCCUACCCAAUGUUGCGGUACCUCCAAAAUAUACUUUAGCCACAUUGAGAGCUUUCCCAUCUUUAGAGCCAUUAUCCUUUGUUCCUGUACCUACAGAUAUACUAGCCGCACCCUUAAGACGUGAUAUCCUGUGGAGAGCCGUUGUGUACGAGAAUGAUAAUAAGAGAGUGGGUGCGUCAAAUCCACCUGGUAGAAGUGAAAAUGGGUAUUCACGCCGUAAAUUGUUACCGCAAAAGGGUUCAGGUAGAGCUAGAGUCGGGGAUGCCAAUUCUCCAACCAGACAUAAUGGUGGGAGAGCCUUGGCAAGGGAUGCUCCUAAUGAUUAUAGUACCGAACUUCCAAGAAAGAUUUAUACACAGGCUUUGAAUAAUGCAUUGAGUCAUCAAUAUAGAAGUGGUAAUCUAUUUGUUAUUGGAAGCGAGGAACCCAUUAAUCCCAUUAAUGAAUUAGAUGUGGAUAUUUUGGAUCUCAUUCAACGAAAUAAAGAUGUAGAUGAUAGAAGCAUCUUGUUUAAGAAGUUUAUAAGGGAGAAUAAUCUUGUGAACAAGAAACUCUUAUUUGUGACUUCAAAAUUAAGAGAAGGGUUACUGGAUUACACACAACAUUAUCAACAAAAAGUGGAUAUUGUACAGCAGGAAUCAUUAGAAGUCAAUGAUUUACUGAAGGCUCAAAAGAUCUUUGUUGAGUUGGAUGUGCUGAAAUAUCUGAAUAAAUUGCAUCUUGACGUGCUUGGAAGCCAAGUAUAA